GAAUUUUCCUCUUCCACAUUUCCCUCUCUCCAAAUGGCUUUCCUACCAUUGUUCUCAAUUGUACUUCUACUUCUCCUCUUUUCUCCCAACUUUAUCUCUUCUUCCCCUCUUCAAGAUCCUCAAUUGGUUGUUCAAGAAGUUAAUGAGAAAGUUGAGAAUGUCACCAUGGCGAGGAGGAAAUUGGGAUAUUUCUCGUGCGGAGCAGGAAACCCUGUAGACGAUUGUUGGCGGUGUGACCCCAGCUGGGAGAAGAACCGCCAGCGGCUGGCCGACUGCGCAAUAGGGUUUGGAAAGGAUGCAAUUGGCGGAAGAGACGGGGAAAUAUACGUCGUCACCGAUCCCGGUGACGACGAUCCGGUGAACCCCAAACCGGGUACGCUCAGGUAUGCCGUUAUCCAGAGCGAGCCUCUGUGGAUCAUCUUCGCUCGUGACAUGGUGAUCAAGCUCAAAGAGGAGCUGAUCAUGAACUCGUUCAAGACCAUCGACGGCCGCGGUGCUAGUGUCCACAUCGCCGGCGGACCCUGCAUUACAAUACAGUACGUGACCAACAUCAUAAUCCAUGGGGUUAACAUACAUGAUUGCAAGAGUGGAGGGAAUGCUUACGUGAGGGACUCACCGGAGCAUUACGGGUGGCGGACGGUAUCGGACGGAGAUGGGGUGUCGAUAUUCGGCGGCAGCCACAUAUGGGUGGAUCAUUGUUCUUUGUCCAACUGCAAUGACGGGUUGAUUGAUGCCAUCCAUGGAUCUACAGCCAUAACCAUCUCUAACAAUUACUUGACCCAUCAUAACAAGGUUAUGCUUUUGGGUCACAGUGAUACCUAUACUCAAGACAAGAACAUGCAAGUCACUAUUGCCUUUAACCAUUUUGGAGAAGGCCUCGUGCAAAGAAUGCCUAGAUGUAGGCAUGGAUAUUUUCAUGUGGUGAACAAUGACUAUACUCAUUGGGAAAUGUAUGCAAUUGGUGGCAGUGCUGAUCCAACAAUUAACAGUCAAGGCAAUAGAUUUCUGGCUCCGAAUGAUGAAUUCUACAAAGAGGUUACGAAACAUGAGGAUGCACCGGAGAGUGAGUGGAAAAAUUGGAAUUGGAGGUCGGAAGGAGACUUGCUGUUGAAUGGAGCAUUCUUCACACCGUCUGGCGCAGGAGCAUCUUCAAGUUACGCCAAGGCAUCGAGCCUGGGUGCUAAACCAUCUUCACUAGUUAGUUCAAUCACAGCCGGAGCCGGUCCACUCGUUUGCAAGAAGGGCUCGCGUUGCUAAACAUGAUGGGAUGCGGUAGUGUUGGCUUAUAAUAGAAGUGAAAGAGAACAAAGAGUUCCAGAAACUAAAAGAAGAGAGUAAUGAAGGCAAUUGUAAUUACAAGAAAUCCUCAUUCACCUUCAUCCAUAGUGGUAACUCUUAUUUUGUAUAUGUAACAGGCUUACAGCCUUUAGCCUGUUUGCUCCUACUUUUAUUCCCUUCAAUAAAUUAUUAAAAAACUAUAAGAAGUCUCUGUAUGGUCAACUAGGUUUGGAUUCUUAAGAGAUGAAUGGCCUGUUUUUUAUCAGAUA